AUGUCUAAUAUAUUAAGACUAUGCCCAAAAUGUUAAACAAGUCCAGCUACAAUCUAAUGUAUUGAUUGUGAAGAAAAGAUGUGUUAUAAUUGUGAUCAAAAGGUACAUUAGAAAUUGAAAUAACAUAGAACUGAUAUCAUUCCCUAUUAAUGUAAAAUAUCUAUUAAAAAAGAGAUGAAAUAGAUUAAAUCGACUUAAUUUAUCAUAAGUGGCAUUAAAGACCACUCUAAUAUAACAUAUGAAUUGCAGCAAGAACUCAAUGAAUUAGAAGCUAUAAUAGAGGCUAAAUAAUCAUUUUUAAUUAAAUAAGAAGAGAAAUGGAGUAAGUAAAUCAGUUCUCUUGAAAUAUAAUAUGAAAAGAAAUUACAGUAAUUUGAAAAAGAAAUUGAAUCUAAUGAAAAUUAGUUUAAGAAUUACUAAUCAAGUGGAAAUUCAACAUCUAUGAUUAUUGACAUAAAAAAAUAAAUGGAAGCAUAAAAGCAGUAAUUUUGUAUAUUAUGAAUAGAUAAGCAUGGAAAGAAUUAAAUGAGAGGAAAGUUCAAUUAUAAGAUAAAGAAGCUUUAUUAAAAGGUAUGAUUUAAGCUGAGGAGUUUUAUUAAAAANACUAAGAAGUGCAACAACCCAUUCAGUUAAUUUAAAUAAUUAAAAAAAUGGAACAAAUUUUAGAUGAAAAGAUGUAUGUCAUAGAUUAAAAAUAAAAAGAUAAAUAUCCACUCACAAAUUAAAUAUCUUAAGAUUUUGAAGAUGAUACACAUAUAUAUCGUAUAAUAAGAUUAGGAAAGGAAUCUGUAAAAAUAAUGUAGGAUUUAAAGUGGGAAAGUAAUAUAUUAUAUAUAUUAUUUCUAGAAAGAUUACUUAAAGAAAGAGAAUGGAGAAAAUUGAGAGUAUGUUAAAGUAGAGGAUGGUUACAUUAUGCAAUUUUUGAGAAAGAACCAUACGUUUUGUUGUUCAAAAGAAAGAUUACAAAAAAUAAAAGAUUAUGA